CCACAAAAGAUAUUCAAAGUUUCUCUUUUAAACCGACAAAAAUGAUCUUUUUACCGUUUAUCAUUCUAUUCAUAUUCAAAGAUAAAACCGUGGACACGGUAGAAACUGGCAAAAAAGUUGCCGAAUGGGUAAAAAAUCGAGCGGGAAAUCCCGAAGAACGUGGUAAUUUGUUCGAAGGUGAUAUACUUCUAGGUAAAGGAAAACGGUCAGGGGUCUUAGGCGAUCAUUUUCGUUGGCCAAACGCAAAAAUUCCUUACGAAUUAGCACCAGAUUUCCAUAUGUCUCGUUUUUCCGUUCUCAAAACAGCAAUGGAAAUAAUUGAAAAUAAAACAUGUAUUAGAUUUCGACGAAAAACCGAGAACGAUAAAGAUUACUUAUUUAUCACCAGUUAUGAUAAAGUGUGUUUUUCUUAUAUUGGAAAAAUCGGCGGACGUCAACCGUUAAAUUUACAAGAUCCCGAUUGUUUUUAUCCACUUGGAACUCCCAUUCACGAACUUCUACAUACAGCAGGAUUUUUGCACGAACAAAGUCGAACCGAUCGUGAUGACUAUGUAAAGAUAAAUUGGGAAAAUAUCCAGGAUGGAGUGCAGGAUAACUUUAAAAAAUACAAUGAUUCGGUUAUAAAUAGCUUCGGGAUAGGUUACGAUUAUGAGUCUGUAAUGCAUUACAGCCAAUAUGCUUUUAGCAAAAAUGGGAGAACCACAAUUGAUGCUAAGGAUGGAAAACGUUACAGUUUUGGCCAACGAUGGGAUUUAUCCGAAAAAGACGUUGCUAAAGUAAACGCGAUGUAUAAUUGUACCAAAAAAUCUUAAUCAUUUUAAUCUUUACUGUUUUUUUCUUUGCCAAUAAAUCGGAUUAGUUAGAAAAUUAA